AUGCAUUUUCCGCCGCCGCCCAACUCCCGCUAUCUGCUUCCACCACUUCUCGCCUGCUUGCCCACAUCCUUCGCAUCGCCACGACCUCCUCCUGCAUUACUACCGCUCCUCGCGCCGCUGCUAAGACAGAGGUUAAACUACUUGUCAGGCGAUUCGAAUGGCAACAAUGGCUGGCUUCCGCUGUUAUCAUGGGACACGCAGAGAGCUUCAAAGCUGCCCGCUGUGGUAGAACGCAUGGAUCUCGAGCCCCAUCCUGUCUCAGGAGAGCUAGAGAUCGAGGACACAAGACCUGCAAAGUAUCGACGGCUGGAUGAGGAGACAUUGCAGUCAAGGUUAGAGGUGGAGCAGUUUGGCCUUGCGCCUGUAUUUGUUUGGUGUGAGAAGGACGAUCAUGGAGGGACUGAAUCAGGUUGGAAGCUUUCUGAGCUUCGAACUAUGGACGAUCUGGAGGACGGCACGGAGUGGUUGGAGACGCCUUCUGCGGCCAAUGAUGCUGCCCUUGCACAAAAGGAGGAAGCUCCACAAGUCGCGGCAACACAAUUGCAAGAGGAGGAGGAUGACGAGGAUGAUGACUACUGGAACGCAUACGAUCAGACGCCAGCUGCUAGGACCCCGGCAAAGCGAUCGCCUGCUCCCAUGUCGUCUUCCAUACUCGGCACGUCCAGCAGGACGACGGCGAAAGAAGAUCAGGAUUAUUAUGCCAGGUAUGGCGAAGAGGUACAACCAGCCAUGGAUUCCCACGAUCCCGAUGAAGAUACUGGAGAUAUCGGGAACAGCACACUCACUGGCCGCGCCAUGCUAGAAAGCUCACAGCAAACAAUACCAGGACCCGGUGACAGCGCAGGCAUCACCGACCAAGCAGACUACUUGAGCUCAUUACAGCCGCAUACAGCAUGGACCAAACCACACGACUCUGCAGUCCAGACCGCUCUAGAUCAAAGUAUCAACGGCGAGCACGAACUAUCGAUGCCCCGGCCACUUUCACCCACGACUUCACAUUCCAGUGUCGAUAAACUAGAGGAGAGAGCAGCGGAGAUGAGCUCAAGUCAUGAGUCAGAUCGCGCACAGCAUGCGAUAAAGCAGCAUAUUAGCACGGAUAUGAAGAGUCUCUUCAGGCUCGCGAGGGCAAAUGGCAUGAGUAGGGAAGAAUUUAAGCGGAUCGUGAAGACGGAGCUGGACGUCUUGAGUAUGCACGAGCAGGAUUAG